CGGCGGGGCCGCGCGACGGCAGGGCCCAGCCGCUCUGCCCAGGCGCAGAGCCGCCGCCGCGGCCCGCGACCGAGGCGCGGGCGGAGCUGGCGGCCGCAGAGCCCGCGCAGCAGCCUGCCCAGACCCACAGCGGGGAGACACCCGCCAAGCUGGCACAGCGCAGGCCGCCUGGGCAGCAGCGCCUCUGGCUGCUGCCCGAGAGCUCGCAGGCCCCGGAGCCACCGGCCGCCGCCGCGGCGGGUGACCCCGAGGCCUGGCAUGGCGCCGAGUCGCAGAUCGUCCCAGGGGCCCUGCUCGCUCCUGAAGCGCGACCGCCAGGCGGGCCACCCUGCCGGGCCCGCUGGCGGCGAUCCCGGCGCGGGGCCGGGCUUGGGCUCCCUGUUCCAGGCGAUGUGCACGUACAAGCGGCCCAGGACGGCGGGCGCGGCGGGGAGGGGCGCGGCGCCCUUGGCCGACGAGGGCACGGCGAGGUUCGGCGCCGCCACCCUCUUCCAGCACCACGUGCUGCUGCCUCCAGCCAAGACCCCGCCGCCGCGCACGAGGUCCGCGCCGAGGCCCUCACUGCCCCGGGGAGGGCCCCCGCCGUGCGCCCCAGCUGGCCAGCAGGUCGUGGAGCUCGAGGCGGGGGCCGGGAGGCCCGACGCCCGCAGGCAGAGGUCCACGACGAGGACGCGCAGGAAGAGCGCCGUCGGCACCUGCCACGGGUGGACCGGAGCAGGCGCGCCCUGCGCCAACACCGGCACCAUUCAGCCAAGGGGCGCGCGCUACGUCUACUGCCGCAUGCAUGCGGCCAAGUGGGCUCGGUUCGAGCCCGUUGGCGUGGAGCAGCUCGCGGCCGCGAGUGCCACGGAGGCAGGCGCAUGGACCCGCAGGGAGCAGCCUGCGCUGGGCCCUUCUGCUGCUGGAGUUGCCCACGCGCCCAAACGAGCCGGUCCUGGUGCGGGGACAGACAGGCCCGCAAAGCACCCUCGGCUGGCGGAGCCAGCGGCCGACGCGCCAGCCUCUCCAACGACGCCCGACGCCGCUGGCGCGAGGGCUCACGUCCCCGCCGUCGCGCCAGGCUUCUCGACGGCGCCCGCCGCUGCCGGCUCGAGGCCCGAGGCCCCGCAGAAGGCGCCCCUGCGGCUCGAGGCCGUCGGCCGCGCCGGGCCCAGCGGCGCGGGCGAGCAGCAGGCGCGGGGAGGCCACGUGGGCCACCUGGGCUCUGGUGGCACUCCGCGCGGCACCGCGAGGCCGCCCGCCUCGGUGCAGGUGCGCGACCGCCACCCAGGGCACUCCCUCGGUGCGCGCGCGAGCGGGGUCGUGCCAGCCGGCACGCGCCAGAGCGAGCCGCGCGGCCGCACGGGCAAGGGGUCCCUCGGGGGGCUUGCCGAGGUCUUGGACCUGCUGCCUCAGUGAUCGACCGGGGGCCGCUCUCGGUGCAGCUGGUCGGACGGGGUAAAUGGC